AUGGCAGAAAUCAAGCCUGUGGCCGCGGCAUCUCCAGAGCCUAAGCUUGAAACCCUCACGUGGAUUGAAGUGACUCGCUACGCCGAAGAAGUACUUGCGCGGUUCGAGAAUGAUGAAACCACCUUCAAACGAUGGGAAGUCAAAGUGGUGUGGGAAUACUGGCGUGGUUUUGAGAUGAUGGGCAUCAACCCAAGUCUUACCGUUUUGAAAUUCAUGCAAGACCUGGUCAUCCCAUUCGCAUCCUCUCGCGUUCGUUCACGACUGCAAUGCCACACUCGGUACGAAAAGGCCACCGGAGCAGAUAAGUCCAAAACGUACAAGAUCGAAACGCCCGUGGAUGAGGGCCCUGAGAUCUUGUAUCGCAAAGGCUUCACGCCAGAAGCCACGACUCCACUGAAUGAACCCACCGUGGAAAAUGAGCCAGAAUCCAUUCCAGGUUCCAUCCCCGCGGAAACGAGACCGAGUCAUCAACCUAUUCAGUGGGACCUGGGAGCGCACAUGAGAGCAACAGCAGCGAGUCAAUCUGCAGCUCAUCAGCCUCGCCCAAAGCCUGUCGAGUCAUCAAAGGCCUCAGAGUCCACAAAUUCCUCAACUUCGGUUGUCACGGUAGAGCGCGUCAAAUCUGACUCCUCUACUUCCAUCCCUUUCGACAAUGUGCCUGUGGCACAGACCAUCAAGAAUAUCCUGAAUGCUCCGAUAUCAAAGUCCAAGCUUGUUGCACCUGGGCCCUCGGUCUCCGGCAGGUUUCCAGCCCCAGCUGCUUCUCAUGUCGAUGGGCGUCCGGAGAUGAUAAGAAUUGUGUGCAACGGCGAGGAGGAACUCGUUGGUGCAGAAGACCUGGUCACAAACAACUACCUGUUGCGAUCAACCAUCGACUCGCUCAAUACAACCAUGACCUCGAUGCAGGCAAUCAUCAAAUCUCAGCAGGGUCAGAUUGACAAUCUGAGUGGGUACAUCGAGUCGCAGCAUGCCAGAAUCAGAGGUCUCAACGAGCAGAUUGGUAUUCUGUCGGGACAAAACUAG